AUGUUCUCUCACGACUCUGUUCACUUCUCUUCUGACUUGUUCUCUGAAUUCGAACCAAAUCCAACGGUUCAAUUGUUUGAACCCUCUCCUCUUCAGAGUUUGAUUCAUUCAUUCUCUGAUGAAGGAUCCAAUCAUGGUGUUUCUACCAUGAUGAAUCAAGCUGAUCAAGACUCCAAUGACUUUUCCAUGUUGUUUGAAGAUGAUCAAACUCCUUGUUCAUCCUCUCAAACAAUUAGUCAUGGAUCACCUGUUGAUGCUUCCAAUGUUGAUUCUGAAGAUGAGUUUAAUGCAUGGCUCCAAGGUUUGGUUGGACCUCUCUCUCCAACCGAAACCACUCGAGUUUCAGAGAAGGAAGCAGAACCACCUAUUGUUGUUCCUUCUUUUCAAGAGAUUGGAGCAAUGAUUGGUCGUAUUCCAACUUCUCCUUGUGUUUCUUUUUGUGCACAUGAUACUAUGAAUGCUCCUCAAGCAAUAGCCCAUGAAGAGGUACACAUCAAGAAUACCAAGAAGAAGACAACGACUCCAAAGAAGAGUAAGAAGGGUCAUUCUCUUCAAGGAACCAAAAAGAAGAGCUCUCUCAAUAUUCAAUCAGAACUCUCCAAGAGAUUGAAUACUCUUCGUGAGGAGAUCCUUUCUCUCGAGAAUGAUUCCACCGAUCAGCCUUCCUCAUUGGUUGAUACUUGUCAAUAUCCUCCAAAGAUUUCUCAAACCAGUUAUGUGAUCUUUGAUCAUGACGGAAAUGCUAACAGUGAGGGAACUCAUUCUUCAAAUUCAUUCAAUCUCAACAUUCAUUACUUCAAAGGUCCAAAAUUAUCUGGAGGUCGUCUCUUCAAUCCCAAUGAAUUGGAAUUGUUGAGUUCCAUCUCAGCACAAGAGAUUGAAUGUUCUCGACAUUCAGUGACCACUCUCAAAGGAUUAUUGGAAAAUCACUUUGGAGUGAAACGUGCGAAACAUUCCAUUUACAUCCAAUUUGAUGGAUGUUCGGAUUAUCACAUGUUGUAUUGUCAAAAAGGCAAGACAGACCAUGUGAGAAGUUUAAUUCGAGUCGUUCAACAAGAAUCUUCUGAUCCGAUGAAGAUUUCCACUCAUUAUAUUUGUUUGAACAAGUUGUCCAAUGCUGCGAGCAAACCAUUGAAUCAUUCACCCCCAAUUGGGCACAACACCUGUUCUUCUUUCUCUUCUUCCAAGAAUUAA